AUGAGCAUUCACUCGCUGGAUUAUGCGCAGCCCGGCGCGAUGCGAUCUGAAUCGCUGCAUACCGAGGACAUCGAGGCAGGUCGCCAAUCGCCGAGCUCGCAAGUUGCCCCAACCAGAAAGGAGGGGCUCGCUCCGGAGUCAUUCACCUCCGCAGCCGCCCGAGUCAACUCCAGCGAAACCACCAAGCGCCGAGUCCGUCGUUCGAACACCGCCCGGUCUUACCACCCAGACGGCUUCUCCCAAGACCCGAACUGGCAACCCGGGACCGAGCCAGGGAUCGACCCAACCAAACCCCUUCCUCCAUACAGCUCGGAAUGGGCGUCGAACGUGCCACCAGAGCUGCACCGCCAUUGCGAAAUCACCGUGGUGGACUUUUCCCAGCAUGAAAUGCGACAGUAUGAGUUGGAUAACGAAACUCUCGAGCCCUUUCUGGCGCGGGAGCGCGAACCAUGGGUACAAUGUCGGUGGAUCAAUGUGAAUGGACUGAGCUGGGAUGUGAUCAAAACCCUCGGCAACCACAAGCGCUUGCAUCGGCUGGCCAUCGAGGAUCUGGUUCACACCACCAAUCGCACCAAGGCCGAUUGGUAUUCAGAUCAUGCCUUUGUCGUGUUAACCCUACAGAAACUGGUCAAGCUCCAAGAAGAAAACAGUGAUUUUGAAAGUGAAGAAGAGGAUUCCACUGGUGGGUGGAUGAGCAAGGAGCGAAAGAGUUCGGUUGCGAGCGAUAAGAGCUCGGUCUCUCUGAGGCGGCCAACUAAGCGAAGUGUCAUUCUGGCAGCACUGAAGGAUAUCUUCUGGCCGAACCGAUCGAAACAGGGCCAGACACCGAAGGAAAAGGCGACCGUUGGCUCAAGUGUUCGUCCUGGCCGCGGUAGAUCUUCCCCAAAACAAACCUCCCAGUUUGGAGACGUCGCUACUGCCACAGCGGCUGCCACCCGGAGUCUCCAACGCUACCGUGGAGGUCCGAACGAGGAUCGAAUUGGGUUCAUGGAGCGUCAUGCGGUGCUAGCUCCCAAGGGACUGUGUGUCACGCUGGAGCAAGUCUCCAUGUUUCUACAUGCCGAUAAUACCGUGACAUCCUUCUUUGAGACAAGUGCUGACGAUAUCGAGGCUCCUAUCGUUCGCCGCCUGAACUCGCCGGAGACAAUUCUUCGACAGUCGUGUGAUGCGAGCAUGCUCUUGCAGGCGAUCCUCGAUGCCAUCAUCGACCUCGCCAUUCCAGUGACGUCCGCGUAUCAAGAUGCCAUUGGUGACCUAGAGCUUGGAGUCUUGACGAACCCAGACAUUGACCAGUCCAAGUCCCUCUACAUCCUCACCUCCGAAAUCGCAAUUCUGCGUAACUCUAUGCAGCCUAUUGUGGCUGUGAUCAAUGCUCUUCGUGACCACAGGUCGGAGCCCGUCAGUACGCCGGGAUUGGGAACCAUACGGAACAACCCUCUGAGUGGGCCAAGUUCCCCUACUGGAUCAAGUGCCCACCCACAUGUUGGGAUCAUGACCCCUAAUUUAAAGAGCCUGGGUGGCUCCAGCGUCACCAUUAGUUUGAUGUGUCAUACAUACUUGGGUGACGCUCUCGACCAUUGCAUCACCAUAGUGGAAGGUUAUGAUCAGAUGCGACGUGCGGCCGAUAACAUGAUUGAUUUGAUUUUCAACACAAUAGGUGCCUACCAGAACGAAAGCAUGAAACAGUUGACCAUUGUGACUUGCCUUUAUCUUCCAUUGACAUUCCUUACAGGGUAUUUUGGGAUGAAUUUCACCGAUUUUUCUGGCAUCAACCAUAGUGAUUCAUAUUUUUGGAAAAUUGCUGUGCCAUUCGUCUGUGCCACCACCCUCUUGUUGAUGCGCGACAAAAUCCAGCGCUACGCGGUGCUGCUUGCUCAGAGACGGUUGAUUAUGAGCUCUAGGAAGCAGAGACGAGAGCGAAAGGGACGAUAA